AUGCCGCUCCACGACCUCCACUCUCGCCUCUCGCCACGGCCAAGGCCGUUCCGCCUCAUCUUGAGCUCCGGCUCGCCGCAAGCGUCGUCGAGGGACCAACUCCGCGCGGGCCACGGAGUCACCUCCGCGUCGGCAAGCCUCUGCGUCCGCGCGCGGCUCCGUCGCUUCCGCGGCCACGCGCGACUCUGCCAACGCCGAGGGGCUCCGGCCGUCGUGGUUGUCCGCCUCGGCGUUGAGCCACGGCUCCGUCGCCUCCACAGCCACGCGCAACUCCUAUGCUGUCGACGUUGCGACCUCGCGCGGCUCGCCGCCGCCGCCGCCACGUGCGACUCCGUCGGCCGCGCGCGGCUACGUCGCCUCCCCACCCAGGCGCGACACAGCAAACCCCUCCACGCGACACGGCGGCCAGACCGCCGCAGCUACUCGCUGGCCUCCGCUCGGGUUGGUGGCCAGCCAAAGCCCUGGGAGAGACAACACAGGCCAGGCUUCUGCCCGGAACAGAGCCGGCCUGAAAAGAGCGGCGCACGACAACUUCCCAACCUUGCCAACUCCCCGCCCCCCUUAAUUGCUUUACAUCGAUGUAUCCUGCAUUUGUCCAAGACUACUCGUCCCGCCAGCACACGUGUUCGUAACCCGAGUGAGAGUUGGUAUUCAUGCGUCGCCCCCCGUGUCGGGCGACUCGGGCGGCGGAACCCUAGCCGCCGCCGCCGCCCUUCCCCGCCCCUUCCUCUGCCUUGCCGCCGCCUGAGCGAGCGGCCGGCAAAGCCGGCGGCUCGCGAGGAUGGCGGCGGCGGGGCUCGCGGCGGCCAUCUCCCGAGCUCCUGGCGCGGGUGGACGCAAAGGCAGUGGCCGACCGGAGCGGCGCCGGCGUCGAGGCUCAUGGCGGUGGAUCCGGCGUCACCACCACCGGAUCUGGCGCGCUCGCAGCUGGAUCCGGUCGCGGAGGCGCGGGCACGGCGUCGGCGAGGCGUGGGCGCUGGCGGCCGCGACAGGCGGUGGCAGGCGCAACGGCGGCGCAGGCACGGGCGGUCGGGCGGCGGCGUCAGUCGCGACGGCGGAGCAGGCGCGGGCGGCCGCGGCAGGCUCGGAGGCGCGGCUGCUGUGGCCGGCGGCUCGAUGCCUGGCGGCGACGGCAGCGGUGCCCCCAGAUCCACGCCUCUCGGCCGGAUCUGGAGGAUGGGAGUAGUCGGCAACGGCGGCGUUGGCGACGACGGCGACGGUGUGGUGACGGCGGUGGCGGCGGCACUGGGCCAGCGGCAGUUGGCGACGGCGGUGUCGGCUGUGGUGGCUGCCGUGUCAUCUGGCAACGGCGGCGGAAGACAUGGCGUCGGGCUGCUAGCUGUUCGGUGGUGGAGGGCGACGGCGCAACAGCGAUUUGCAGAGGCGGUGGUUGGCGUCGGUGGCAGCGGCGACGGCGGCUGUGACUCUGGAGGUGGUGGCGACGUCGGCGGCGGGGAAGGAGUCGGGGGCGAGGUGGCUGGGUGUUCGGGAGCCAAGGAUGUGGUGGUGGUGACCGUGUUUGCGGUCACCGGAGGCAUGGCGGCCUUGGUUGACUAGCCGAGGGCG